CAAAUUGUCUAUAACUUUUCAACGCGUUUUAUGAAGCGCCAUCUAUAUUGACUGUGGUUGUCGAACUUGCAAAAUAUUCUGACUGAAAUUUCAAUUUUCAGCAGAUAUGUCUGACAGUGAAGAUGAGGGAAGUGUUUACUCUGAUGCUGGGAGUGGAAGAAAUGAAGGGGGGAGUGAUAAUGAAGAUGGAAAAAGCAAUGCAGGCAGUGAUGUUGGAAGUGAUGUAGGCAGUGAUGAUGGAAGCGAAGAAGGAUCCCCAGUCAACAGAAGAAGAGGGCGGGGACGCAGUGUGGACGAUAUCAUUGAUGAUGAAGAUGACUAUGAUGAAGAAGAGGAUGAAGAUUAUGAGGAAAGUGGAAGAAAGAAAAAGAAGCCAAGACAUGCUGGAUACAUUUUAGAUGAAGCUGAUGUUGAUGAGGAGGGUGAUGAAGAUGAAGAAGAAUGGGAAGAGGGAGCAGAGGAUUUAAUUGACAAGGUCUCCUCUUACGAAGGCCCAACUGCCAAGGAAAUUGAAAAUAACAGGAGACUUGGACAUUUGUUUAGUUCCCAAAGAGAGGAUGAAUUAGAAGAAUACUACAGAAACAAAUAUGGACAGACUUCAGUGGCUGCUAGAUUUGGUGAGGGAGAGGAAAUGUCUGAUGAAAUAACACAACAGGGGCUUCUACCAGGUGUAAAAGAUCCAAACUUGUGGUUAGUGAAGUGUAGAAUUGGAGAAGAGAGAGCUACAGCUCUUCAGCUGAUGAGAAAAUUUAUUGCCUACCAGUUCACUGAUGAGCCACUACAAAUCAAAGCAGUGAUUUCAAAGGAAAGCUUGAAGGGAUACAUUUACAUUGAGGCUUACAAACAGACCCAUGUCAAACAAGCCAUUGAUGGAAUUGGAAAUCUUCGCAUGGGACAGUGGUCUCAACAGAUGGUACCCAUCAAAGAAAUGACAGAUGUGUUAAAAGUUGUGAAGGAGACAGCUCAGUUGAAACCAAGACAGUGGGUCCGCUUAAAGAGAGGUAUCUUCAAAGACGACCUGGCUCAGGUUGACUACUUUGAGCCAGCCCAGAACAUUGUCCACCUGAAGAUGAUUCCUCGGAUUGAUUACACCAAGAAAAGGGGCGUGUUGAGAGUGCAUGUUGAUGAAGUAGAGAAGAGGAAAAAGAAGAGAAGACCACCACAAAAGCUGUUUGAUGUGGAUGCUGUCAGGGCCAUCGGUGGAGAAGUAUCAAGUGAUGGAGAUUUCCUACUCUUUGAGAACAAUCGUUACACAAGAAAAGGAUUUCUGUUCAAAAGUUUUGUCAUGUCAGCAAUUAUCGCAGAAGGAGUGAAGCCAACUCUAGCUGAACUGGAAAAAUUUGAGGAUACCCCAGAAGGAGCAGAAGUUGAAUUGGUGCCAGAGAAGCAGCAAGGGGAGGUAAAUCACAGCCUGAUCCCAGGGGACGUGGUGGAGGUGUGUGAGGGGGAGUUGGUCCACCUCCAGGGUAAGGUGAUCAGUGUGGACGGCAACAAGAUAACCAUGAUGCCCAAACACGAGGACCUACGGGACCCACUGGAGUUUAUGUCCCAUGAGCUGAAGAAGCACUUCAAGAUGGGUGACCAUGUCAAGGUGAUAGCUGGGAGGUUCGAGGGGGACACUGGACUGAUCGUCCGCGUGGAGGAGAAUCUUGUGGUUCUAUUCUCGGAUCUCACAAUGCAUGAGAUGAAAGUGUUACCCAAAGAUUUACAGUUGUGCACAGACAUGGCUACUGGUGUAGACUCUCUGGGACAGUAUCAGUUUGGGGACCUGGUUCAGAUUGAUCCACAGACAGUUGGAGUCAUUGUUAGAUUAGAAAAGGAAAACUUCCAGAUUCUCUCUAUGCACAACAAGAUACUCAAUUUGAAGCCAGCAGCAGUGACAAGGAAGAGAGACACAAAAUAUGCUGUAGCUUUAGAUUCUGAGAACAACAGCAUUCAAGUCAAGGAUGUUAUCAAAGUCAUAGAUGGACCUCACUCGGGUCGCCAAGGUGAGAUCAAACAUCUGUACAGGAGUUAUUGUUUCCUGAUGUCCAGGACUAUGACAGAAAAUGGUGGUUACUUUGUGUGUAGGACCAGGCAUGUGGUGUUAGCAGGUGGAUCAUCGGGAAACAGAGCCCAGCUGGGAGUGACAGGGUUUGCUCCCAUGUCUCCCAGAUUAUCCAGCCCUGCUCACCCAGGGGGUGGGGGAGUUGGUGGAGCCCCUGGAGGAGGGGGUGCUACUCCAGGGAGGGGUAGAGGAGCGGGAGGAGGACUCAGUAAGAGAGACAGGGACCUUAUUGGAACAACAGUCAGAAUCAUCCAAGGACCCUUCAAAGGUUACAUUGGAAUUGUUAAGGAUGCCACAGAUUCCACGGCUCGUGUUGAGCUUCACUCUAGCUGUAAGACUAUAUCCGUGGACAGAGCCCGUCUAAGCAACCUGGUUGGUGGGAGGAGUGUUGGAUCAGCUGCCACACCUGGCGGUCGCACUCCGAUGCACGGCUCCCAGACUCCUAUGUAUGGAUCUCGCACACCGAUGUAUGGUUCACAGACGCCACUUCAUGAUGGAAGCCGAACUCCAAACUAUGGCAGUAUGACACCACUCCAUGAGCCUGGCAGCAGGACCCCAGGACAGAGUGCUUGGGACCCCACCAAUCCCAACACACCUACCAGGAACAAUGAUUUUGACUACCACUUUGAUGAUAACCCUUCCCCUGGAGAUUAUGGAGGAGCCACCCCCAAUCCAGGCACACCGGGCUACACAGCCGACACCCCUAGUCCAAUGGGACCAUUCACACCACAGACUCCAGGCACCAGUUACUCUCCAUAUGCACAGCCUUCUCCUUCACCAGGAAGUUAUUCAGCUCCAAGUCCAGGUUUUGGGGGUGCUUCACCCAGCCCCCUUGGAUAUCAGCCCUCUCCCUCAAACACCACCCCCUCACCCCUUGGUUACAGUCCAAUGACUCCUGGUGGGGCACCGUUCACCCCAGGGACAGGGAUGGACCAAAGUAUGGCUGAUUGGCACACCACAGAAAUCGAGGUCAAAAUCAAAGAAACACACGAUGACCACAAGCUGAUUCACCAGACAGGCAUAAUACGCAGUGUUACAGGAGGGAUGUGUUCAUUAUUCAUACCAGAAGAGGACAAGGUGGUGAACAUAGCAUGUGAACAUCUAGAGCCUGUGUCCCCGGAGAAGGGAGAUAGAGCUAAAGUAAUAUUGGGAGAGGAGAGAGAACUGAUGGGUACCCUGCUGAGUAUAGAUGGAACAGAAGGCGUGAUCAAGACCGACGCCGGUCACAUCAGGAUGUUACCUAUCAAUUACCUGUGUAAGGCCGGACAUUGAUCAGUCAGUCACGAGUUUGUUUUAACACCUAGCCACUGGAAAUCAUGAAGCAAUAGAAAAUUCUACCAUGAGAGGAACUCGUUCAGAUGUGCUUUUAUCAACAUACAGAUGACUUGCUUGUGUUAAUAGUAUAUGUACCAACUUUUUUCUGUCUCAUUCCAAAAGAUAGUAACACAGGAAAUAAGCUUUUCACUGAUUUUAAUCGGGUGUUGAUGUAUUUUUUUUUUCAGAAUCAUUAUUUCAUGUGAUUCAUUUGUAUAAUUUUUCGAUCAUGAACAUUUUUAAGGAUGUCAUAUCAACAGUUGUCAAAUGUGGAAUUAUCUUGUAUUGAAACAAGAGUGCUUUUGAGUGCACUUCAGUUUUUCUUGAUAUAGCUAAUAAAGCUUGAAUCACUCAAUUUAAUGUUUUUUUUAUGUACAUACAAUAUGGAAAUAAUUUACAUGUGGGAUUCAAUUUUGCUUCUUUUGCCUAUACAUAUGAUGUAAAAAUUGAGUACUAGAACACACAAUUCUUUUUCAGAGUGGCAAAUCUUCCCCUAUCCAUUGAGAUCUAGAAUGUUUUGAUAAACAGCAAUGGGGUCCCAAAAUAGCUUUUUGGAAAAAAAUAAUUACAAAUGGUGAUGUCAUAGGACUAUUUUGCCAUGAAUUCAGCCAUUCCUAAAAUAUACAUGGUUACUGGUAUACAUGUAAAUAAAAUGUGGAGUAAGGGAUGACCAAGGGGGUGCUUUUAUAAACUUUCCUGUCUUGAGACUUAAAAAUAUAUACAGUCAUGUAUAUUGUUGAUGAUGAUAGAGAUUUAAAAUCAUUUCCAAAGAUAUUUGACAAAUGAUUCUUGGGUCAUUUGCCCAAUAUAAUGCUAGACACCACAUAGAUGCAUUAUAACAUACUAAUAGUAGGUAUGAACAUGUAUAGUGGUGGGGAUAUUAAUCAUUUAAAAAUAUAUUCAAUCAAUUACUCUACAAAAUAAUGAGGGUGGGGAUGACUAGGUUGCUGUUUCAAAAUCAGUUCUGAUUGGCUGAAGUUGGUCACAAGAACAUAAUCAUGUACCAGCAAUUCUUUUACUCUAUUACCACAAUACCCAUCCUCAAAGAAUUUUUUGCAUUAGAUUCUUGUCAAUAUAGAGUAUUGGGAAAUCAUACAAUAGGCCCACAGGCCUAAACAGUCACCAGAAUUCCAUAGCCUUACCUUAGUAUACACUCCCUGGAGCCAGAUAUAAAACCUUUCCCAGGGCAUUUAAAAUAAAAAAAAAUGGCUUACUCCUCCAUUUUCACUAUUUGCAUUCAGUCUUCAUUACAUGUCAAUACAUUUAAAGAACAGAAUGUAGCCCACAUGAGGACAGAACUCUUGCUAUCAUGAUAUCCCAACUCUUCUCUUAAUAAAAUAUGUAUUCAUCUUGCAUUCAAAUUCAGAAACAAAACAAGGUUUUUUAAAUCAUUAAUUAUAUGAACUCUAUAGCUACUCUCUACCUCAUGAAGUCAGAACUCAUCUAUUGCCAUCAUGAAAUUAACAAAUUGACUCAAAAAAGAUAUUUUCCUUAAUUAUGACAACGGAAAUUAAAACAAAUUUAAUCACACGGGAGGUUUCUCACACUCUAAGUAAUCAACUACAUGUAAUUUUAAAAAGUUGUUAAAACUCAUCAAGAAUUGCAUUUGUAAACAGAGUUGUUUUUUUUUAAAUUGAUGUGUGUCAUGCGAAUGCCAUCUAAACAGUGGCAUUGACACAUUGAGGAAAGAAUUGGAAUUUGAAGUUCUUUGAUGUCUGUAGUUAGAAAUAUUCAUUUAUAGAGAGUGUAUCUUAAUAAAUAAAUAAAUACAUACUAGUUCUUGAAGGCAUCAGUUUAAGAAGAUGUCACUUGCUUAUGCUACAUGUAUAUGCCACUCUGCAGUACAUGUACAGUAUUUACAUUCCCCUGCACUUGUAUGAUUACGAAGCAGAAGGAAAACUCAGUAUUUAUAUGUUGGGCCAAUGAAUAAUAUACUUUUCUCCUUUUUUACUGGAUUUAUUUACUUCUGAACAUCACAAUAUUUUAAAAAUUGAUCUUUUCAUAUAAAAUACAUGGAAAACGUGUAGAAAUUUGAUAUUUGGUAAAUCAUAGGUUUGAAUAUCACAAUUGAGCAUUGAAUGCUUAUUUUUGGAUGUCGUCAGUCCUAUAACACACCAAGCGGUGCAGACAAAUUGAAUACUGCUCGUUGGCGUGGUAUCAUCUGUCUGCACUGCUUGGUGUUAUAGGACCGACGACGUCCAAAAAUAAGCAUUCAAUGGCUAUAUUUAUAUUCAUACUGAUGUGCAUCUGUUUGUAUGAAAUAUUUGUGUAUUGUCGCUUCAAAGCCAUUAUAUACACUCUUAGUCAGGGAUAUAAAACAUACAUGGAACAGCCAUAUUAACAUGUUAUUGAGUUUGCUUCUGCGACUAAAAAUAUAGUACUAGAAACUUUAUCAAAAAAAUCUUUUUAUUGACCAACAGAUAUGAUUUAACGAUUACUUUUCAUUAGUACAUAUCAAAUUACAGUUAUUACUUAUGUAUGUUUGAAUGUUUCAGUAAAUCUUCCAAUAAUAGAUAUACUCAAAACACGUGCGACCUCUAUAUUUGUGCUCAUGCCGCAUGAAUUACCCAAGUGUAUUCAUGGGAAAUUGAACGUUGCAGAUUCCAAUGCAAAUAUAACCGGAAAUAUAUACUGAUUGCAAAUAUUGUCUCGUUAAGUACCUUCAUUAAUGCAAGUAAAAAAAAAAAAACAAAAUUUUGCUGGUGUAUAGGCUUUAUUCCACCCUAAAAGCACUGAGUACAAAAGGUCAUUUUUGCAUAAUUUAAAGUGGUCAAAUAUCAGUGACCUUGAGUUUAUACUGUAAAUCCUUUUUGUGACAACUUGGACUUUGAAAAAAUAAAACAGAUGUAGCUUACAAAAAUUGUUGACAAUAAUUCCGAAAGGAAAAGAUUUAUAAAGGUUCAUAAACUUACAAAAGCUAUGCAAAUGGCAAAACAUAUUACACAAACACGCAGUGGAUUUGCAGGACAAUUAACAAAACUAGUCACGUUAGACAUAUCUUGUGAUAAUCCAACUCAUAGUCAAGACAGAGUAACAAAAAAUAACAGAAGCAACAAAUUAUGUAAAUGAUAA